AUGUCCUUUUCUGCUUUUGUUCUAUUCUUUCACCUUCAUUUCUCAUUUUAUUUCCCCUUUUAUGCUAUUAGAGCAGACGCCCAGCUGUUAUUCUGCUGCUACCAUCAUGCUCUCUCUCUCUCUCUCUCUCGUUUCGAAAAGCUAAAUUUACCGUAUUAUGAGUUGUGUAUUUUGUCUUGUGAGUAUAAUUUUUCUUUUUUUUGUUUUUAUUUUUUUGAAUCGACCCUGUCCUACAGUAACAGCAUAGUGUAUAUGCUUGUUGCAUGGUGUUUUUUUUUCCUCCCUUGGUCUGAUCUCUUUGAACCAUUUGCUGUUGCUCUUCUUACAAUUUCCUAAGUUUACUAUUUCUGGGUCGCUAGUUAAGUCUUUUAUUGUGACUGAGCGGAAAAGCUGUUUGCCUAAACUAUAUACACUCCCUCCUAAUGAUAAAAGGACAAUGUCUUUGCCUCAGAGUUGUGAUGCUUCAGAGAUUAGCUUUUUUGGACCUAGAAUUUGCUGACAUCAGUAUGUUUUCACGUGGGUUGUUGUUUAGGAUGACAUCUCCCUGAAAGAACUUGUAGCUUAGUUCUAUAUAACAUCAGGGGAGUUACCAUUCAUUUGUUUUCAGGUAUCCCUGAAGAUUUCUGGUUCAAGAACCGUCUUCAAGAAUUCACACAAAAAGCCUCCAUACCACUUCCAAUAUAUCAAACUUCUAGUGAAGGGGUUCAGCAUGCACCCCGGUUUAGAUCUCGAGUAUGGGUGGACGGAACAUGCUUUGCAUCCCCAAGUACAUUCUCAAAUAGGAAGAUGGCAGAACAAGACGCUGCCAAGCAUGCACUGAUUGGCAUACAAGAAAAAGUAAAGAAUGAGGGAUCUUCACGUGUACAUCAGGAUUCAAUCUUUUGCAAGUCGAUCAUUUAUGAGUAUGCCCAGAAGAUGAAUCUCCAGCUACCUACUUAUGUGACAAAUGAGUCAAAGGCAAUGCUUCCCAUAUUUGUGUCAUCAUUGGUUUUAAAUGGUGUUACUUAUGUUGGCGAAGCUGGAAAAAAUAAGAAAGAGGCCGAGCAAUUUGCAGCACGUUCAGCUAUUUUAUCUAUUUUAGACUCUGAAUCGAGCACAACAAUGAGUGAGAUAGUUAAGUCUAAAUUUAAGUUAUACGACGCACUGAAGACAGUCAUGGAUUCAUCCAGUGUCCAGGUUGGCAAUGUGCCUGCUAGAGUGAACCCAUUGGAGGAUAGUGCUGCAAUUUCCUUAGUUAAUAAGAGGAAAGAAAUUGAUGUUGCUGAAGGCUCUUCCACUGAUCCUUGUGCUACAAUUUCGAAGUCUAGCUCAAUAGCGCCAUUUCCUGCUAUUCAGUUGACGCUUCCAGAGUCUACACCUGAAGAACUUUCAAACACCCAAGCUGCGCCCCAGUUCCUCCAUGAGUUCAAAAAGCCUAAAUCCCAGACUUCUUUGCCGGUAGUAGAUCCUCCCAUUGUAUUUGUGCCUCCAGCUUCAGAACCAGCUGUAAUAAGCUCAACAUCUGGGAAAAAGCGGAAUCGUAAGAACAAGAAGACCAAAAAGAAAGUGCUAGAUCAACCUCCGUUAACAAUUCCCUCAAUUCCUCAGAGCCUCCCUGCUUUCUCAGUGGCCCCAACGAGUGGCUAACUCUGGCUCGGCUUCACUGCAUUGUUGCCCAAUACCAAGUACUUUGCCAUUCUGGAGUCCGAAGCUAGAUCUAUGGUUUUCCAAUUCAAGCUCUGGCUUAAUUCCCGCUACGUUGUCGGGAAUCAGACUUGUCCCUCAAGAAUUGUGUUGCCUGCAGGUUUUCCCUGUAUCUGGUUGCUCAUCAGGCAAUUGCUUUGCCAAAUUCUUCCAUAUUGGUAUUUCACUUCUUGUAGAAGUAACGUAAUCUCGUUGCAGGAAAUUUGUAUAUCCUAGUCCCUCUCUUUUUCUUAUGAGCUCAUGGUUUGAAGCAGGGGAGGAUUGUGUUGAGCGUUCAGAUUAAGUGUAUAUCAGAUCAACACUUUCCGAGGUUAUGUCUAAUUACAAUCAUCGAAAUUGAGGUUCUAUGACUUUAAGGUCAUGGGAUUGAACCUAUUAACGUGUGGAAUGUUAUUCUAUUUUAAUAGUA